AUGGCUUCUAGUCUUGGAGAUGUAGUUCUGAUAUGUGGUUUUAGCCUGUAUGAUACUACAAAAAUGUAUGAUGAGGAUGUUGAGGAUGACAUAUCUACGCAGCUUGUCAUUCAGCAAAGUCUACAGGACAUACCCAGGAGCAAGACGGUGACUGCAGAGAAGAAUGACAGCUUUUGUUUUGCAACAAGUUCAGAUUACAGAAAGAUCAUCACUGCCAUUCGAACAGGUGAAGAAGAGUCUUUACUCAAGUUGAUGAGGAAUGGAUCUACUUUUCAGGAAGUAGACUCCCAAGGCUGGCUUCCUCUUCAUGAAGCAGCAGUACAGCCAAACAAGAAUAUUCUAGAAAUAAUUCUGAAAGCUUCACAUCCCACUGUGUGGCAACAGACCAACCUGAAAGGAGAAACUCCCCUGUUUCUUGCUGUGGACAAAUGUCUUAUAAAAAAUGUCAACUUUCUACUAGUCAAUGGGUUUAACCCAGAUAUUAAGAAUGAAGAAGGAGAUUCUGCAUUAAUUAUUGCAGUUAAACAUGAAUCAUAUGAAAUUGCUUCCUUAUUGAUAAAAUUUGGUGCCAAUAUCAAUCUACAGUGUAUCAGCAAAAGGACAGCUUUACAUGAGGCAGCCAGAUUAGGCUUGAAAGACAUGGUGGAACUACUGCUUUGGUCAAAAGCAGAUCCAGAUCCACGGAGUUCGUAUGGGCUCACCCCUCUAGCACUGGCAGCACAGAAUGGGCAUACAGAAAUUCUGGAAAUCCUACUACGUAAAGGUGCCAACGUCCUUUCCCAAGCAUCUGAUUCUGCAUCUAUAUUAUUUGAAGCUGCUGGAGGAGGAAACCCAGAUUCCAUCUCUCUCCUACUAGAAUAUGGAGCUGAUGCCAAUGUACCAAAGCAGUCUGGUCAUCUUCCUAUCCAUAGAGCUGCUUAUAGAGGUCAUUUCUUGGCUUUACAGAUUUUGAUUCCAGUCACAGAUUUCAGUGCUAUAAAGGAGAGUGGAAUCAGCCCACUUCACUCAGCAGCGGCAGGAGGACAUUCUCAGUGCCUUAAAUUUCUAAUCAUAUCUGGUUUUGAUGCCAAUUUUAUGUUGCAUCGAAGAAUUCAGAAAGGCUACGAUGAUGAGAGGAAGUCAGCGCUGUAUUUUGCUGUCUCUAAUGGGGAUAUUGAUUCAGCACAUUUGCUCCUGGAUGCUGGAGCCCUACCAAAUCAAGACCCCGUUAACUGCCUCCAAGUGGCCUUGAGAAUGGGUAACUAUGAACUCAUCGGUCUCCUGCUUCGCUAUGGAGCCAAUGUGAAUUACUUUUGUAGGGUCAAUACAACACAUUUUCCAUCAGCUCUACAGUACGCACUGAAAGAUGAAGUCCUGUUAAGGAUGUUGCUGAAUUAUGGAUACAAUGUUUCCCGCUGCUUUGAUUGUCCUCAUGGAGACAGUAUGCAUUCCCAGUACUUAUUUGAGGGGUGGACUUCAACUGUUAUCAAAGACACAAUGUUCUGUGAAGUGAUUACACUAUCAUGGUUAAGGCACCUGUCUGGGAAGGUAGUGCGAGUGAUGCUAGAUUAUGUAGAUCAUAUUAGAAUUUGCUCUAAACUUCAAGAUACUCUUCGAGAACAAAAACUGUGGCCAGAAAUCAAUGCAAUUUUGACAAAUACUCGUCCUUUGCAACAUCUUUGCCGUCUGAGAAUCCGAAAAUGCUUAGGACGUUUACGUCUGCGCUGUCCUGUCUUCUUGACAUUUCUGCCAUUACCAAACCGUUUGAAAGAAUAUAUACUCUAUAAGGAGUAUGAUCUCUAUGGACAAGGAAAUCUGAAAGGAAUAUACUAA